AGCGAAGGUCGGCGGAGAAGUAGGGAGAAGCGGGGAGAAGUAGGGAGAAGCGGGGAGAAGCAACGAAGACGCUGCCGGGGAGAAGUGGGGAGAAGCGUGGAGAACCAGGGAGAAGCGGCGCUGCCAAAUGGCAGGCCUUGAUGGGGGCGCAAGCGCAAGCGGAUUGGGAUGUGGAAGCGGGGGGGGGGCGGAGGUCGGCGGAGGUAGGCGAAGACGGACGGAGGUAGGCGGAGACGGGAUUGGGAAGCGGGUUGGGAAGGGGAAGCGGAUCUGGAUGGGGAAGCGGAUCGGGAUUGGGAAGCAGAAUGCGGAGACGGGAUUGGGAAGCGGAUUGGGACUUGGAAGCGGAUCUAGACUGGGAAGCGGAUCGGGAUUGGGAAGCCGCAUCGGGAUUGAGAAGCGGAUUGGGAAGCCGGAUCGGGAUUGGGAAGCGGAAGCGGAGGGGGGCGGAGGUCGGCGGAGACGGGCAGAGGGUCCGCCAGGCGAGAAGGCUUGGAAACAUCCGUCAUGGAGUAUUGAGGAGAUGAUGAAGCUCGCCCGGGCAAAGAGGGAUCAACAAGCUCAUUUCGAGGGCAUGCCACACAACUACGGACGAAUGCGCAAUAGGGAGUGGAAGCUGCAGGACUUUCAAAAGCGUUUGCUGGAGGUGGGGGUGGACAAGACGACUGACGACAUCGGCAAGAAGUGGGACAACCUCUUCCAGCAGUACAAGAAAGUGCAACACUAUCAGAACGCCUCUGGGGGGAAGAAAUUCUUCAACCUCACACCUGCAUUGAGAACGGAAGAAGGCUUCAACUUCAUAAUGGAGGACCACGUGUACGAUGAGAUAGACGCCAUGUCGAAGGGCAACAAGACUAUCUACCCGGACAACGUCGCCGACACAAGUGCCCGUGAAGGACUGCAGAUGCCACGUUCCCCAUCCGUUGCUGGAGAAUCCGCCGCCGGGGGUGAUGGGAAUGACGACGACGGAGGGUGGGCGCGGGAGUCUGGCUUCACUGUAGGCAGCACAGGACGGAACUGCAAGAGGAAGAACAUGCGCCAGCAGACAUUCGAGGUCAUUGCUGAAGUCAUGGACAAGCACGGCGCAUUGAUGGCUACACCGUGGAAGGGGCCAGCAAGCGACAGUGUUCCAUUCUGGAGCGACGGUGCGACAUUCUCGAGGGUGAGGUUGAUGCCCAGCGGCGGCACUACGAGGCGUCUGACGAGGCUAACAGGUUGAUGUGCACUGCAUUGCUGGAGAUCGCCAAAGCCAUCAGCGACAG